AUGGACCAACUCAAUGAGGUCAUCAUGGCUAUCAAUACAGACGGAGUAAGCACAGUGGGAUGCUGCUAUUAUGUUGCACGAGAGGAAAGGCUUCUCUUCAUGGAGGACGCGAAAUUCGGCGGUAUUGAUAUGGUUGAUGCUUUGAAAGUAUACAUCGAGCCAACCGUUGUUAUCGUGUCCAAUAAGAUGAGCGACGAAAUGCUGGAAAAGAUCGAUCCUGACCAUGGCAUCGCGAUAUCUGAAGGAGGGAGCAAUGGUCGUUUGGAUCUGCCGUUUUUUAUCGAAUUUCGUCCCUCCAAUGAGUUUAGCCAUGAUUUUGGUCAGAGUAAGCUCGCAAGUCUGAACAUCUUGAGCGGUGACGGUCCAGGAGUCACUUUCAUCGUCCCUGGUGACGUUGUGCCCGCAACGGCGAAUAUCGCAGACGAUUCAUCGUCAUUUCGACAGCGGCAAUUGCUUCGUCUUGCUAGUUGGAUUAGUCUCGAUAGUCAUCUUUCGGUUGGAUGUGCAGGGGCUUUGCUUGCAUACGUUCAACGCAGGCGUGCGAUAGCAUACUUACCUGGAGAUGUAGCGGCAAAUGCAAUGUUCCGAAUUUCGAGUCUAGAGAUGUUUAGUCUUCGCGAUAUCAUGUUUGUCAAUACUGAUACUCUUCACUCUUUGCAAAUUCUUGGCUCCGAGGCCCACCCAAACUCUCACAACCAAGGUCCGACGCAAGCUACAUCUGGCUCUAAGGAAGGGUUGUCAGUGUAUGGGCUGUUCCGAAAUCUAGCAUGCACACCUCAAGGCAAGUGCCUCCUUCGGCAGUACUUCCUUCGACCUAGUCUCAACAUCGAUAUCAUCAACGAGAGACUCGACGCCAUCGCCACCUUCGUCAGACCGGAUAAUGAUGCGAUACUGGAUAGCCUCAUUCGAGAUCUGCGGCCUAUCAAGAACAUACGCACUAUCCUAAUCAACUUGAAAAAGGGAGUGGGCAGUGCAACAACUGGUGGUGGAAAGAGUAACAUUUUGUCGAAAACUCUUUGGAUCAAUGUUCGUGAGUUCGCUUUUCGAACACUCAAGAUCAAAGACACCUUCAAUGCCAUGCUCGAAAGCGAGACGCUACCCAUCAGAAGAAAGGUUCUUGAACAUUUUGUUGGGCCUCAACUGUGUCAACUUGGGAAGCGCAUCAACGAUAUUAUCGAUUUUGAUAGGUCCGAAGAUGAAUCACGCACCAUCAUUCGCGCGGGUGUCGAUGAAGAGCUCGACCAUAUGAAGCGGACAUUUGAUGGCCUAGGAUCUUUGCUGGCCGAGGUUGAACGGAAAUUGGCCGAAGACAUACCUCACAAUCUUCGCCAGACUCUCAAUGUGAUAUACUUCCCUCAAAUUGGAUUCUUGACGACGACCCCUAUAGAUCCCGAAACCCGCGAGGUAGUAUAUGAGGGUGGGUUUGAGAACCCUUGGGAACGAAUGUUUGCUACAGAGGACCAGUGCUAUUUCAAGAACAGCCAAAUGCGUGAGAUGGAUGACCAUUUCGGCGACCUAUUUGGACUCAUCUCUGAUCGCGAGAUUGAAAUUUGCCAUGAGCUUACUCAGUAUACUCUGAAAUAUGAGGGUUUGUUGACCACGACGUCAGAUAUCUGCAGUGAGCUGGAUAGCCUUAUUGCACUAGCACGUGGAGCCAAAUUGUACAGUCUUUGUAGACCUGAUGUGUCGAUGGAUAAUAGUAUACGCAUUAGGAAUGGCCGCCACAUACUACAAGAGCUCACAGUACCCUCUUUCGUACCGAAUGAUACUCAACUGUCUGGGGGCGAGGGAGAUGAAGGUCUGGGAUCUGAAGGACGGCCUACUUCGAUUGCUUCUAAUUGUCCUGCUUCUGCCCGCUGGUCAAACUCAGAGGACAGUGAAGCAAAUAUGGUCAUUUUGACAGGCCCUAACUACUCCGGAAAAAGUGUGUAUCUCAAGCAGGUUGCUUUGAUUGUCUUCAUGUCACACGUUGGGUCCUUCGUUCCUGCAGAAUCUGCGGAGAUCGGGCUCACUGAUAAAAUACUAUCACGAGUCACCACUCGUGAGACAGUCUCCCGAACUGGAAGCACCUUCAUGAUUGAUCUUCAGCAGAUCUCGCUUGCUUUGAGUCUUGCUACAAGAAGGAGUCUGCUUGUGUUAGACGAAAUCGGAAAAGGAACUGAUUCAAGCGAUGGGGCAGGGCUCGCUUGUGCGGUCCUUGAGCAUCUUACGAGUCUAGGACUAGAACGUCCAAAGGUGGUCGCAGCAACACACUUUCAUGUAGAGAUAUUCGAAAGCGGCAUAUUUCAACCCAGGCAUAAGGUUUCUUUCGGACACAUGGAAGUGCGUGUGAAUCCGGAGGCUCGGGUUACUGAAGAUCAAGUCACGCACCUAUACAAUUUUCGUAAAGGAAGGAGCAAUUCAAGCUUUGGCACUUGGUGUGCUGCUGCAAAUGGGGUUCCUUCAGAGAUUGUUCAACGUGCUGCAGAUCUUACCACUCUUUCGGCCAGAGGGGAAGACCUUGUUACUGCAUGCUCUACAAUGCCGGAGUCAGAGGUGGCAGAGCUAGAAGCGGCAGUGAGUAUCCUCCCAGCUUGCUGUUAUCUUACUGCUCAACACAGAGAGACUAGGAGAAGAUUGCGCGAGCCUUUCUGCAGGCCGAAGCGAACCAUGAUGCACAUGACCUACUGCAUAAAGUUCUAG